AUGGCAAGAACCACGAAUACCGUGUCCGAGGAUGUGAAGAACUUCGUGCAGAGCGAGUUCGCCAGGUGUGAUACCAGACGCGGGUAUAUUCCCGACAUCAACGUCUUUGAGGAGGUCUAUGUGAGAUCUCCUAACUGGCGUGGCGUCUUGCGUAAUUUGUACUGGCGAGGUCGACGCCAACCGACCAUGUGGGAUGUAUUCGAGCUUCUUGUGCAACGCGGAUUUCUUAGCACGGAGUGCCUCACUGUGCCGGUUCAGCUCGACAACAUGACCCCUGAUACCAAUACCAUCGGACAUCUUUUGUCCUGUUUCUCGUUCUUCCACCACGACUGGCAGAUGGUCAUUGAGGGGAAAAUCCCCUGCCAAUCGGCUUGCUGGGACGACGACACCGAAUGGCUUGCGACAAUGAUUGUUCGCGGCGGAGUCAGCGUGGAUCAACUGCUCAACACCAUCGAGGCAAGUGGAUUCCUGGGCCACUGCAUUCCAGCGCAGCUAGAGGAGUUCAAGAAACUGUAUCCCGUUGAGUCGACCAAACUCACCCAGAACCCUCGGGAUCGAGAGGGUACGCUGGAGGCGGAUGGGCUUGUCCAUCCGAGCAAGAACAUACUCGGCUUCUGGCUUCCACAUGGCUUGGGUUCGGACAAGGAGAUGUUUGCCGCCCAACUCCGCGAGUGCCUCUCGCGUUUUAACAAGAUUGAAGAGCUUUAUCGAGAAACGGAGAAUAUUCCGACAAGCCAACUCUGGUUGGAAUCCGAGCAGAAUGAUCACUUUGAAGAAACCAGCACUUGA